GAGAAAACAAUGGCUUCACAGUCUGAAGAUGAUUAUAUCUGUCCCGUGUGCUGUGAGAUCUUCAAGACUCCUGUUUUUCUGUCAUGCAGUCACAGUGUCUGUAAAGAGUGUCUUCAGCAGUUCUGGACAACCAAGAAAACUCAGGAGUGUCCCGUCUGCAGGAGAAGAUCCUCAAAAGACAAUCCUCCAGUUAAUCUAGUGUUAAAAAACUUGUGCGAGUCGUUCCUGAAGGAGAGAAAUGAGAGGCGUUCAUCAGAGUCUGAGGAGAUCUGCAGUUUACACAGAGAGAAACUCAAGCUCUUCUGUCUGGAGGACAAACAGCCGGUGUGUUUAGUGUGUGUUAAUUCACAAAAACACGACAAUCAUAAGUUCAGACCCAUCGGUGAAGCGGUUUCAUCUUAUAAGGAGCAGCUCAAUACAUCACUGAAAUCAUUACAAGAGAAACUGAAUCAGAAUGAAACAAUGAAAGGAGAGUUUGAGAAAACAGUUGAACACAUCGAGUAGCAAAACUGACGACACAGCAGUCAGAAUCUC